AUGGCGGCACCGGAAGGAGAACGCGAGAACUGGGACGUCCUGGGCGAGUAUACCAACAAGACCCUGAGGCUGAAGGCUGAUCGCUGGACGAAGGCGAUGCACAAUGAAGAGACGAGGUCCACGAUCUUGGAUUUCCUCGACGGCAAUGCUGAACAGGUCUUGGUAAGCCAAAAUUUGUCCAACCAGUUAGUAUCCUCCAGCGACGUUCCAGCAGGCUUGAGAACAAAGGGAGUUUAUUAUCUCAAAACGAGUGACGUCCCUCUCGUCCGCGAGGAGGACAGCAGCAAUGUCCGCGAACAUGUUAUUUUUGGAGACAUUUCACCGCAGCCUUUGGACCAGCUCUCCACGCUCAUUGAGGAGGUGUUCAUCCCUCUGCUGGAGAACCCCGGCAACCGAGAGGGAUGGCCGGACAUGGUCAAAGAGGACGUGUCCCGCCAGCUCUACUCUCUCAGGGGUACUGUGUAUCGCAUGUGGGGACAACUGCGAGGACAGACGCUUCUGCCGCUGCCCUUUGGCAUGGAUGCUCUCGAAAAGGCAGAGAGACAUGCACUGGAAACAGGUGAGAUGACGGACUCGCAGCUGAAGAGCGCCAUCGAGGGCGUGGUGAUCAAGUGGGUGCACCAAGUGGACGAGGUGCUCAACCAGGACACGGACGACCUGGCCGGUCCCGACCACUUCCCGACACCGCUCGAGGAGAUCACCUUCUGGAGCAAACGGCGAGAGAACUUCAGCCAUAUCGCAAGGCAACUCAAAGAUAAGAAGGUCAUGAUGAUGUCCAAUAUCUUAGAGGUGACAGAAUCAGCUUACUAUCCAGCCUUUGUCAAGAUGUGUGCAGACGUUAACAUGGUAAGAAAACCGCCUCCGCUCACCGAGUCCCUUCCUUCGCCAGCCGUGCACGAGGCGCGUGACAUCAUGAUCCACCUGACGCCCCUCAAGCCCAUGCUGGAGGAGAUGGAGUCGAUGGAGUUCCAGGAGGCGCCGCCGCUCAUCCCGCCGCUCGUGCACUGCAUCUGCCUCCUGUGGGCGCACUGCCCCGACUACCGCAAGCCGGACCGCAUCGUCACGCUCUUCAGGGAGAUCACCAACCUCCUCAUCGGCAUGUCACUGAUAUUGUCAGAUUAUAAAUACGUUUCCCUCGACCUUCGCCUCCUCAGAGACAGCUUCGAGGAGCAUCGAGCGAGGGUGGACACGUACUUCCCCGAAGACGAGCGCCCCCGACGAUGGGAGUUCCACCCCACCCACGCCUUCGCCCGGAUGGACCAGUUCCUCUCCCGUCUCGCUAACAUCAAGGAAAUAUUUGACAUUGCCAAAGAAUUCCUCAAGAUCGAGAAAGUGGAAUUCGGCGGACCUAAAGGCAAGGUUCUGGGGGCAAGUGUCUCUGCCGUAUACAGCGAGUUCAACGAGGCCUACACCGCCUUCUCCAUCCGCACCUACGACUGCCUGGACCCCGCCGAGGCCGACUUCGACGAGAGCCACCGCCAGUUCAAGAAGAAGGUGACGGAGCUCGAGCAGCGCCUCAGCCUCAUCGUGAACCACGCCCUCCAGGAGAGCCAGAGUCCCGAGGCCUACUUCAAGGUGGUUGAACUGCUCGGAAGCAUCCUCGAGCGGCCGAUCAUCCAGGCGGAAUACACCAUCUGUCUGCCGCACUUGCUUCAGCUCCUCAAGCAGGAGAUAGAGACGGCUAGGGAGUUGUUCGAGAACUGGCAGCACAGCAGCGGGAUCAUCGUCGUGGACGAGUCUGACGAGGAAGAAGAAGGCGCUGCCGGAGGCUCGGAAGACAAGGAUGAUCAGGCGGGGGAGGAGGAGGAGGCGGCGGAGGGCGCUGAGGAGGACAAGGCAACGCAUCGCUACUUCCCUCCCGUGGUCGGCAAACUCAAGUACCUGAAGGAGGUGCAGAACCGCGUCAGCAACAACAUGGCUAUGUUUGCCGAGCUGAAGCACGCCGUGGUGUCGAGCGAGGAGGGCGCGGCGCUGCUGAAGCAGUGGCAGGAGGUGGAGGCGGGUCUGGACGCGUCCAUGAGGACCGUGGUGGACGAGUGGAAGGUCAUCGCGUCCGCAGACUACACCGGGCCGCUGAGCCAGCCGCUGCUGCACCGCUGCCAGGACAACACGCUCGCCGUCAACUUCAGUCCCGAGCUGGUGCGGGUGCUGAGGGAGCUUCGCUACGUGUGGGUCCUCGGCGAGGACCUCUCCGAGGGCACCGAGCUCGCCUCUCGACGCGAGACCUUCCGGAAAUACACCGCUAAUCUGCAACUGGUCACUGACUGGUACAACCACAUUCGGACUAACACUAACGAAGUUGAGUUCAGCCUCAUUAGGAAAGAAAUGGAGGACAUUGACGCGACGGUCCUGAAGGCAGAAGCAGAACUCACCUGGAAUUCCGAAGGAGUGUGGGAUUACAUCGUGGCGCUGCGGGACACAGUGAGCGACCUGGAAAUCCGCGUGCAGCAAGUACAAGCCAACGUGCGCCGAGUAGAUGACAUCAUGCUGACGUGGGUGUUGAAGCCCAUCUUCGAGAGGCGUGAAGGGAAAAAGGACACGCUGUUGAACCUUGAGGACAGGGCGGAGAGACUCAAGAAAGUGUACACAGCCAUGGAGCAAGACGGAGCUAAGAUCCGCGGCAUGAUUGACGAGAACAAGCGCCUCCUCAAAGUGCCUGAAGACUCCAAGCACUGGGAUCGCUACCUCCUCUUCCUGGACCACAUGAUCACGAGAGGCCUUGUGGACGGCGUCAGUUGCAGCCUGUUCUACCUGCUGGACAACUGCGAGUUGAGGGUCAAUCAGUUCCCCUUGCUCGAGGCCCGGCUAGAGCUGCAGGAGCCUUACCUCAUCAUCCGCCCUUCGCCCGAGGAGCUGCGCAGCCUGGUGGAGACCCUUGUGGGGGAAAUCCUUCACAUCUGCGACCUCGUGCCCCGUCUGGCUACUCACACUCAUGCGUCGUAUUUGCCUGAUGUUGAGAAAGAUGAGGAAGUUUCCCAUCUGAAGGAGACGCUGGUGGGGAGAUUCGAGGCGGCGGCGUCCCAAGUGGCCGAGCACCGCGACCAAUUCCUGCAGCACCAAUCCCUCUGGCGGGAUCGUCGCGACGAGGUUCUUGAGAGGUUCCUCACAUCAGAGGAAGAUGGAAAGCAGCCUGGGCUUCCUAAGUUCAAGCAACAAAUUGACAAGUACGAGCAGCUGCACGCCGAGCUCGAGAACAUAGACACGAUGGUGGUGUUCGACAAAUGGCUGCGCCUGGACGUGCGACCCUUCAAGCACGGCCUGCUGGAGAACACCAAGAAGUGGGCGCAGAUGUACAAGCAACACCUUAUUGCGCAAGUGACGGACAGCCUGACGGAGUUGGACAACUUCAUCAAGACGACCGAGGUGGGGGUGGCGCAGGACCUCAACAACGGGGACUACGACACCCUAGUAUCCAUCAUGGCGCACCUGGUGAGGGUCAGGGACAGGAUCCACACGACAGACGCCAUGUUCGAGCCCCUCAAGGCCAUCAUCGCCCUCGUGCAGCAGUACGGCGACGACCUGCCGGAGACCAUGCACCUCAAGCUGCAGGAGCUGCCCGAGCAGUGGGAGUCCCUGAAGAAGCAGUGCGACCUCAUCCGGCAGCACGUGGCGCCUCUCAAGGCCAAUGAAGUGUCGGUCAUUAGGAAGAAAUGCGUCAAGUUCGAGACGAGGCAAAAUAUUUACAGGGAGAAGUUCAAGAAGUAUUCGUUUUUCAACUACGACUGCGAGCUGCCCUACUGGCGCCUGGAAAGGGUAAACGCGAGAGUGACACGGCUGGAGGAGGAGAUGCACAUGCUGCAGGAGUCUUCCAUGCUCUUCGAGGUCGUCAUUCCCGAGUUCAAGCACAUGAAGUCCUGCAGGAAGGAGCUGAGGUUACUGAAGCAACUCUGGGAUCACAUCUGUCUAGUGCGAGCCUGCAUCAACCACUGGAAGACGACCCCCUGGAGGGAAGUGGACGUGGAGAACAUGGACAUCGAGUGCAAGAAGUUCGCGAAAGACAUCAGAGCUCUCGACAAGGAGAUGCGGGUGUGGGACGCCUACGUGAACCUGGAUUCCACCGUGAAGAACAUGCUGACGUCGCUGAGGGCGGUGGCCGAGCUGCAGAACCCGUCGCUGAGGGAACGCCACUGGGGACAGCUCCUCGUGGCGACAAAGAAGGGGGACGGCACAUCCACGGCGGCCUUCGUGGCGAACUUCGUGGACAAUCCCAAGACAACCUUAGCAGACUUACUCGAGCUCAACCUCCACAUGCACGAGGACGAGGUUAAAAACAUUGUCGACAAGGCAGUCAAAGAAAUGUCCAUGGAGAAGAUAAUCAAGGAACUGGACGUGACCUGGUCUACCAUGGAAUUCCUGGUGGACACGCAUCCUCGCACGGGCGUCGACCUCGUUCGCACUUCGGAGGAGAUGAUCGAGACGCUCGAGGAAAAUCAGGUCCAGCUCCAGAAUCUUAUGACAUCGAAGUAUAUUGAACACUUCCUUGAGGAGGUGUCAGCAUGGCAGAACAAACUGUCCAUCGCCGACCAGGUCAUCACUCUCUGGUUCGAGGUCCAGCGCACCUGGAGCCACCUGGAGUCGAUCUUCAUCGGGUCGGACGACAUCAGGCGGCAGCUGCCCGAAGACUCGGCCAGGUUUGACCAGAUCGACAUUGACUUCAAGGAACUGGUGUCGGAGAUGGUGGCGAACCCGCACGUGCUGAACGCCACGAACCGCGAGGGCCUCUACCAGCGGCUGGAGGCGCUGCAGGCGGAGCUGACGCUGUGCGAGAAGACGCUGGCCGAGUACCUGGAGACGAAGCGCCUGGCCUUCCCCAGGUUCUACUUCGUGUCCACGGCCGACCUGCUCGACAUCCUCUCCAACGGCAACCAGCCCAUUAAGGUCACCAGGCACCUCACCAAGUUAUUCGACAGCAUUGCAAGUAUCAAGUUCGCCGAGGGUGAGGGCAGUAAUGCUACCACAGCAGUUGGGAUGAAAGCCAAGGACGGCGAGUACGUUGACUUCUGCAACGAAACUAACUGUGUCGGCCCUGUGGAGAAGUGGCUGAUGAACAUCCUGCAGAUGAUGCGCGCCACCGUGAGGGCGCGGCUCACCGACGCUGUGGCCGCCUACGAGGACCGCCCUCGAGAGCAGUGGGUGGGCGACUACCCGGCGCAGGUCGCCCUCACAGGAACGCAGAUCUUCUGGACAGUCGAGGCCAGUGCAGCGUUUGCGCGUCUCGAAGAAGGCUAUGAAAACGCAUUGAGGGACUACUAUCGAAAGCAGGUGCAACAGCUGAACGCGCUCAUCUCCCUCCUGCUGGGGGAGCUGACGCGGCAGCAGCGCCAGAAGAUCAUGACCAUCUGCACCAUCGACGUCCACGCGCGAGACGUGGUCGGGAGGCUCAUCAGCGGCAAGGUGGAGUCGGCGGCGGAGUUCGCGUGGCAGUCGCAGCUGCGCCACAGGUGGGACGAGGAGGAGGCCGACUGCUUCAUGGACAUCUGCGACGCCCGCAUGAAGUACGACCAUGAGUACCUGGGCAACACGCCGCGCCUCGUCAUCACGCCGCUCACGGACCGCUGCUACAUCACCCUCACGCAGUCGCUGCAUCUGGUGAUGGGCGGCGCUCCCUCGGGGCCUGCGGGAACGGGCAAGACCGAGACGACGAAGGACCUCGGCCGCGCCCUCGGCAUGAUGGUCUACGUCUUCAACUGCUCCGAGCAGAUGGACUACAAGUCUUGCGGCAACAUCUACAAGGGCCUGGCGCAGACCGGCGCCUGGGGCUGCUUCGACGAGUUCAACAGGAUUUCCGUGGAAGUUCUCUCUGUCGUGGCUGUCCAGGUGAAGAGUGUGCAGGAUGCCAUCAGGAACAAAAAGAAAAACUUCGACUUCAUGGGAGAGCCGAUCCGACUGACUCCUUCGGUCGGCAUCUUCAUCACCAUGAACCCAGGUUACGCCGGAAGGACGGAACUCCCGGAGAACCUCAAGGUUCUCUUCAGGCCAUGCGCGAUGGUGGUGCCUGAUCUGGAGCUCAUCUGCGAGAUCAUGCUGGUGGCGGAAGGAUUCAUCGAGGCGAAGGUCCUCGCGCGGAAGUUCAUCACUCUCUACCGCCUCUGCCGCGAGUUACUAUCCAAACAGAGCCACUAUGACUGGGGUCUGAGAGCGAUCAAGAGUUUACUUGUGGUUGCCGGAUCUCUAAAGCGUGACGACCCUGAACGUCCUGAGGACCAGGUGCUGAUGCGAGCCCUCAGGGACUACAAUGUGCCGAAAAUCGUGACCGACGACGUGCCCGUGUUCAUGGGCCUCAUCGGGGACCUCUUCCCCGCCCUGGACGUUCCCCGCAAGAAGGACCUCGACUUCGAGAAGGCCGUCAAGCAGGCGGCGGUCGACCUCAAGCUGCAACCGGAGGACAGCUUCAUCCUCAAGGUGGUGCAGCUGAAGGAGCUCCUGGAGGUGCGUCACAGCGUGUUCAUCAUCGGGCAGGCGGGCACGGGCAAGACGCAGGUGUGGCGCACGCUCUUCAGGACGACGCAGAACAUGAAGAAGAAGCCCGUGUGCUACGACCUGAACCCGAAGGCCGUGACGACGGACGAGCUCUUCGGCUACAUCAACCCCGCCACCAGGGAGUGGAAGGACGGCCUCUUCUCUAACCUAAUGCGUGACCAAGCCAACAUGGCUGGCGACGCUCCCAAGUGGAUCAUCCUGGACGGCGACAUCGACCCCAUGUGGAUCGAGUCCCUCAACACGCUCAUGGACGACAACAAGAUCCUGACGCUGGCCAGCAACGAGCGCAUUUCGCUGACGCCGCAGAUGCGCCUCCUGUUCGAGAUCAGCCACCUGCGCACGGCCACCCCGGCCACCGUGUCGCGCGCCGGCAUCAUCUACCUGAACCAGGGCGACCUGGGCUGGAACCCUUACGUCACCAGCUGGAUCGACAGCCGCGAGGUCCAGAGCGAGAAGGCCAACCUCAUGGUCCUGUUCGACAAGUACAUCCCGACUUGCCUGGAGAUCAUGCGAGUCCGCUUCAAGAGGAUCACGCCCAUGCCCGAGAUCACGCACCUCAUGAUGCUGUGUCAGCUCCUGGACUGCCUCUUGACGCCGGAGAGUGUGGCUCCUGACAGCCCGAAGGAGGUCUAUGAGCUGUACUUCGUGUUCGCCGCCGUGUGGGCCUUCGGGUCGGCGCUCUACCAGGACGGAAACAUCGACUAUCGCGUUGAGUUCAGCAAGUGGUUCCAGCUGGAGUUCAAGACGGUCAAGUUCCCGUCUUCAGGCACCGUCUUCGACUACUGCAUCGAGAAGGAAAACCUCCGCUUCACGCCCUGGUCGGAAAAGAUCCCCAAGUUCGAGCUCGAUCCCGACACGCCGCUGCAGAUUUAUUAUUGA